CACAGAUGCCCGCCUGUGGUCAUGAGGAAGCGGGGGUGUCCAAAAUAACUCCGGGCAAGUCUUUUUACUGUGCACUUGGAGCUGUCAAUCACAGGCCAAAACAAGAUGGCAGGCUGCAGGAGCUGGUUGUUCUUUCUAACAGCUUUUGGCGCGGCCCUGAGUGCGGCGCACGCGGAGAUUAAAUUCACCAUCCCGUCGGGGAAGUUCUUCACCUAUGAGCUGAUGAGGGAGACGUUCCAGAGCGACUUUGAGCCCUUGUCCAAACUCUACGCCGAGCGCUCGUACGACGACCCCAUGGUGUUCAAGUGCAACAAGCAGAGCUUCCCCGACCUUCCCGAGUGGCUCCGCUUCACCCAGAGGCAUCCCUACGAUAGCGGCUUCCUGUACGGAACGCCGACGUCUCCCGGGAAGAGUUUCAUCGAGAUUUACGCCGUCAACAAGCGAACCUAUCAAACCGCCAGACAGAUUCUGGUCAUCAACGUGAUUGCAGGCGGCAGCCCCCCCUACCAAGCAGAGUUUUUUAUCAAGCUGAGGGAGAUUGAGAAGGUGCUGCCCCCUCCUGUUCAGGAUGAGAUAAAACACGACCUGCAGAAGCUGUGGGACACCGAGGCCUUGGACAUCGUCAACAUCUCCAAUGCGCUGGACCGCGGCGGCAGAGUGCCCCUCCCCCUGGCGGGACACUUUGAAGGCGUGUACGUGAAGGUGGGCUCCGAGCAGAACUUUUCCAGAUGUCUCCUGAGGGUGCGGAUGGCGGAGCAUCGGGCCAAGUGUGCGGCGGCGCCAGGCGCCAAGGUCAAGGUCCCCGGGGGGUGCAACUUCUGCAGCAUCCCCAGCAACUGCAUCAGCUGGUGCCACACGGAGCUGUUUGACUUGAGUCAGCGGGAACCGACGCCACCUGCUCCCACUUUGGGGUCCGGCGUCUUGGAGACCGGAGGGGAGUUCGACCCCCCCGUGUCGCCCGAGAGCAGAGACUUUUUCCCGGACUACCUGGUGACGGUCAUCGUGCCGCUGAUUGUGGCGCUGGUCCUCAGUCUGCUGCUGGCCUACAUCAUGUUCGGGCGCAGAGAGGGCGUCGGAAAGAGGGACGCGAGAACCAACCAGAUCCAGCUCUACCACCACCACACCAUCCAGGACAACACGGACGAGCUGAGGAGCAUGGCCGGCCACCGCGCCGUCCCCCCGCCCCUCUCCACGCUGCCCAUGUUUGACAGCCGCACGGGGGCCAGGGCCACGCCGCAGCCGCCCUCCGACAGCCCCCGCGUCCCUCUCAUCCUGGCCCAGCAGGAACCCUACAGCGACCCCCUGCCCCGGUGAGAUGGGGACAUGUUUAAACGCCGCGUUUCAUGAGGUCAUCCAUCUUUUGCUCCUGCGUGGAAGUGGAGGAGACGCGUUUUAUCACAACUUUGCUUUUGUGAGAGUUUUGUGUGGAGUUGUAAUAAUAAACACCAUUAUGAAAAUUAGAUGACCAUUUAAACCAUAAAGCAGUUUAUAACUCUAUAUUUUAUAUUCCAGUCAAAUUCCAAUCAUACUUCAAUAAGCCGUUUUUUUUACUUCUUGUUUACACAAAUUAGACAUGUGCAGUCGUGAACGGGUCAUUCACAACUGAAUCGGUACUCACGGGUGUCUAUGUCCGUUAACUCGUUCACUUACUCACUGCUAGCUUACAAAAGAAGGGGUUGUGGCACAUUAGUGGUGGGCAAAAACGUUCAUUUCAGUGAACCGGUUCAUUCAGGAAAAAGAUCCGUUCAUUUCGUUCAAUUGGUCGUUAGGCUGUGAUCUCCCCCUGUGCAUAGACCGGGUCAGCCGUGUCGAGUCAGUCCGUUCACUCAUGUUCACUUUCGUUCCGACUCAACAGCCCAAUAACACGUGAUGACGAGUGGUGUGUCGGUCGUGAACGAACGGGUCAAAAGAACCAGUUCUUUUUUGUGACCGGAAUGAACCGAAUUUUUUUGACCCGUUCGUUCACGACCAACACACCACUAUUGCACAUUGGCCCUCUGUUGUUAGACGGUAGACUAACUUAUCAUCAAUGAAUCACUCAUAAGAACUCGAGCGAGUACAAGGAAUCGAUUUUCCCGUCACGAACACUCGACACAUUUCUCCAUCUUCACCAAAAUUAAUAGUAAACCUCCACGAACGCCACGAGGAGCAUUAGGUAAGUGUGUCGUUUUCAGUGUCUAAACACGAUGUUAUCAAAAAAGUAUCUCAGACUAUUCAUGUAACUUGUAAAAAAACACAAGAAAAUGGAUAAAUAUAAUAACUUACUUGUCACCUGCUGAUCGUUAGGGCGGCCAUUUUGAUUUGAUUGGGCAAACCGACAACAAAUCCCAUAUCACUGGAACGCAGGUAGAGAUCGUGACUGAAAUGAAAGACACAACACGGUAAGACAUCUUAUAAAUACAAAAUAUCUAAUACUUUGACAGAAAGGUUGUUUUUACCACCAAAAUCAACCAUUAACCCAAUCAUUUUAAAAGCAAAACUCACAUUCAAUUUACCCUGAAUUCCUUUUGCAACAACUACCGCACUUUGUCCACUAGAGGUCGCCAAAGUCGCUUCUUAUUUUUAGGGCUGCAAGGUCCAAAGUAACAGUACCUGUUUUUACUGCUACUAAAAUGUUCCCAUUUAUGAGUUUUGAGGCGAAACUUUAUGGACAUAAGGUGCUGUG